GGCAGCCUUGCCUUCAUUCACGCGAGAUCUAUUGAUCUCUACAACAUCUGGGCGUAUUUAUAGCCACCUUGCUGGCACCGUGCGUGGUUGUUCCGCCUCUUCAACCGGCGCAAGCCGCAGCACGUCUACAUCAGCAUCAUGGCUUCUCGACGGGACUUUCUCAAUCAAAAAGCGCCCGAGAACUAUGUCGCGGGUCUCGGUAGAGGUGCAACAGGGUUCACGACCCGGUCAGAUCUGGGGCCUGCGCGAGAUGGACCAAGCGCCGAACAAAUUCAAGAAGCCCUAGCGAAACGAGCGGCACAACUAGGAGCAGCGCCUCCAACAGCCUACGGUGCGGUCGACAAGAAGAAACAGGAACAGGAGGAAGAAGACGAUGAACGAUUUCAGGAUCCUGAGAAUGAAGUCGGGUUGUUUGCCUACGGACAAUACGACCAGGCCGACGACGAGGCGGAUCGCAUCUACCAAGCGGUGGACGAGAAGAUUGAGAAGCGGCGAAAGAGACCAAGAUUACCGACAUGAACCAUACGCCGCAUUUUAGGGAACAACGAGAGAAAGAAGAGCUAGAAGAAUACAACCGAAAGAACCCCAAGAUCUCCGAGGAAUUCGCCGCCCUGAAACGAAAUCUUGCGACUGUUUCGGACGAAGACUGGGCCAAUUUGCCGGAGCCUGGCGACCUAACUGGGAAGAAUCGGCGCUCCAAACAGAACCUCCGGCAACGCUUCUACCCAGUCCCUGACACCGUGUUGGCGGGCGCACGAGAUUCGACCGAGUUUCAGACCAGCGUCCAAGACGAUGGGAUACAAACAAGUGCAGACAAUAAAGACGGAACCAUGACCAACUUUGCCGACAUUGGUGCUGCGAGAGACAAGGUGUUGAAAGCUAGGCUGGAUCGUGCUGCGCAGAUGGACGCAGGCACGGGCUCAGCGUCAACAAUAGAUCCCAAAGGAUACCUUACGAGUCUUGCACAGACGGAGUUGAGUUCUUUGGGUGCCGAUGCCGGCGACAUUAACCGGGUGAGAGUCCUUCUAGAGUCGGUCUGCAAGACGAAUCCGAAGCACGGCCCAGGUUGGAUAGCAAUUGCGCGAUUGGAGGAGUUGGCUGGCAAGAUCGUCACGGCAAGAAAAUUGAUUGCCCAGGGAUGCGAGAAUUGCCCCAAGAACGAGGAUGUCUGGCUAGAGAACAUUCGACUGAAUGACAACCAUAACGCCAAGAUCAUCGCUGCUAAUGCCAUCAAGCACAAUGACCGUUCGACGAGGUUAUGGAUCGAGGCCAUGAAAUUGGAGUCCGACCCCCGAGCCAAAAAGCGAGUGCUACGACAGGCUUUGGACCAUAUCCCGCAAUCAGUCGCGAUCUGGAAAGAGGCAGUCAACCUGGAGGAGGAUCCCGAAGAUGCGAAAUUGUUGCUUGCAAAAGCCACCGAAGUCAUUCCCUUGUCGGUCGAGUUAUGGCUGGCUCUUGCUCGACUUGAAACGCCCGAGAAUGCUCAAGCUGUCCUCAACAAAGCCAGGAAGGCUGUGCCAACCAGUCACGAGAUUUGGAUCGCAGCAGCUCGAUUACAGGAGCAAAUAGGAAAUGCCAACAAGGUGAACAUCAUGAAUCGGGCAGUCAAAGCCCUUGCCAAAGAAGGAGCCAUGCUCAAGCGUGAGGAAUGGAUUGCAGAGGCCGAGAAAUGUGAAGAAGAGGGCGCAAUUUUGACGUGCGGUGCCAUCAUCCGGGAAACGCUUGGCUGGUCGUUAGAUGAGGAUGACGAUCGGAAAGAGAUAUUCAAAGACGACGCAAAGGCCAGCAUAUCACGAGGGAAGUAUGAGACUGCCAGAGCUAUCUACGCCUAUGCCCUCCGAAUAUUUCCCACCAGCAAAUCUCUCUGGAUGGCCGCUGCGGAUCUCGAAAGGAAUCACGGCACCAAGGAGGCGCUUUGGCAGGUUCUCGAGAAAGCCGUCGAAGCUUGUCCUCAGUCAGAGGUCCUCUGGCUCCAGCUUGCGCGGGAGAAGUGGGCUGCGGGAGAAGUUGAUGACGCCCGUCGUGUCCUCGGCAAAGCCUUCAACCAGAAUCCGAACAACGAAGAGAUUUGGCUGGCAGCAGUCAAGCUGGAGGCGGACGCGAAGCAGGUUGAGCAAGCACGAGAGCUACUUGCCACCGCAAGGCAGGAGGCCCCUACUGAACGAGUAUGGUAUAAGAGCGCGGCAUACGAAAGACAGCUGGGUAACAUCGAUGUUGCUCUUGACUUGGUCCUCCAGGGGCUUACAUCAACCGUGGUGGACAAGAAGGAAACGCGAUUUCCGCGAAGUGCUAAGCUAUGGAUGAUGAAGGGUCAGAUAUACGAGGACAAAGGCAUGAUCCAGCAGGCGCGAGAGGCUUACUCGCAAGGCACAAGGGCAUGUCCCAAGUCUGUACCUCUCUGGCUGCUUGCCGCAAAGCUGGAAGAAAAGGCGGGCAUAACGAUCAAAGCGAGAUCUGUUCUUGACCGAGCGAGGUUGCAGAAUCCCAAGAACCCCGAGCUGUGGGUCGAAAGCGUUAGGGUCGAACUCCAGGCGAAACCACCGAAUAUCCAACAAGCCAAGAUCUUGAUGUCCAAAGCGCUGCAGGAAUGUCCCAAAUCUGGACUACUUUGGGCAGAAAAUAUCUGGAAGUUGCAGCCCAGGACCCAGCGGAAGCCGCUGAGUUUGGAGGCGAUUAAGAAUGUCGAUAACGACCCCAUACUCUUCGUCACAGUGGCCCGAAUCUUCUGGAGUGAACGGAAACUAGACAAGGCUAUGAGCUGGUUUGAGAAGGCUAUUGUCCUUGACAGCGACUUGGGGGACACAUGGGCAUGGUAUCUGAAGUUUUUGAUGCAGCACGGCACCGAAGAGAAAAGAGAGGAUGUCAUCGCAAGCUGUAUUGCCAGUGAACCCAAGCACGGCGAGGUCUGGCAGCGGGUGAGGAAGGAUCCCAAGAACGCAUAUCUCACAACCAGGGAAGUACUGUUUGAGGUCAUGAAGCAGCUCGACGCUCAGGAGGUUAUCAGUUAAGCUAUGUCCUUUGAUCCUGGGAUGGCAGACUUAUACGCAUCCGCAUCCGGCAGCCCGGAGCAAUACCAAUAUGCAUUGUGGACACUCUUUUUCAGUUGUUAUCUAGCAUGCGGACAUGCCGAACUCCAACCUCGUAUCUGCCA